GCUGAGCUCCCGGCCGGCAGCCACUGUUUUACAGCUGACCAGCUCUGAAGACAGUGCAGAAGUAAGGAUACCAGUAGCACAACCCCUACAAUAACCCUGCAACCCCCAAAUACUCCUUUUUGUGUCUAGACACCUACAAUUACAACAUCCUGAGAUUUCAGAUUUAAGUAGCUGAAAUCAGGAAAUUUACCAUUUUUAAAAUCCUAUGACCAUGAAAUUGACCAAAAUGGACUGUAAGUUUGGUAGGGCCCUAAUAAUAAGACAGAAAACUUCAUAUUGCCUCUAUGUAAAUCCAUGGUACGCCCACAUCUUGAAUACUGCGUGCAGACCUGGUUGCCCCAUCUCAAAAAAGAUAUACUGGAAUUGGGAAAGGUUCAGAAAAGGGCAACAAAAAUGAUGAGGGGUAUGGAAAAGAUUCUGUAUGAAAAGAGAUUAAUAAGUGUCACGGAGUCCCCGGGUGAUGCUCUGGAACUGCUCCCUACGAAGCCAGGCAGGACUCUGGGGAAGUCUCCUUUCUGUUAGCAGACUGUCUUCAGGACACACAGCUCACACAGCUUCCACUUUCCUGGGUCUGAUCUCGGAGCAUUCAGCAUCCUCUGCCCCUCCGUGCGCUUCCCCCAGCGAGUCUGCUCAGGCGGAGUCCUGGAGAAGCCAGAGGGUCCUGCCCCCCAACUUCGCAGUCAGACGUGACUCUCAGCCAGCCAGUAAAACAGAAGGUUUAUUAGACCACAGGAACAUGGUCUAAACCAGAGCUUGUAGGUGCAGAGAACAGGAUCCCUCAGCCGGGUCCAUUUUGGGGGGCAGUGAGCCAGACAACCACGUGUGCACUUCACUCCAUGUCCCAGCCAGCCCCAAACUGAAACUCCCUCCAGCCCCUCCUCCUCUGGGCUUUGUCCCUUUCCCCGGGCCAGGAGGUCACCUGAUUCCUUUGUUCUCCAACCCUUUAGCUCUCACCUUGCAGGGGGGAAGGCCCAGGCCAUCAGUUGCCAGGAAACAGGGUGUUGGCCAUUCUCUGUAUCCAGAUCCCUGCACACACCUGCCCUCUAGGGCUCUGCAAUGAUCAUACACCCUUAUCCUACCACCUAGAGACAAGAACUGCAUAGGGGAAACUGAGGCACCCCCACACUAUUCAGAGGAAACAUUAAGAACAGUCCCGCUUCAUCACAAUAAGAUUAGGACUUUUCAGCUUGGAAAAGAGACGAUUAAGGGAGGAUAUGACAGAAGUCUACAAAAUCAUGACUGGUGUAGAGAAAGUAAAUAAAGAAGUGUUAUUUACUCCUUCUCAUAACACAAGAAGUGGGGGUCACCCAAUGAAAUUAAUAGGCAGCAGGUUUAAAACAAACAAAAGGAAGUAUUUCUUUAAACAAUACACAGUCAACCUGUGGAACUCCUUGCCAGAGGAUGUUGUGAAGGCCAAGACUAUAACAGGGUUCAAUAAAGAACUAGAUACGUUCAUAGAGGAUAGGCCCAUCAAUGGUUAUUAGUCAGUAUUGGCAGGGAGGGUGUCCCUAGCCUCUGGUUGCCAGAAGCUGGGAAUGGGUAACAGGGGAUGGGUCACUUGACGAUGACCUGUUCUGUUCAUUCCCCCUGGGGCACCCGGCAUUGGCCGCUGUCGGACGGCAGGAUACUGGACUAGAUGGACCUUGGUCUGACCCAGUAUGGCCCUUCUUAUGUUCUUAUGACUUUAUUCCAGAAUAUUUACUCUGCCUUGGAGUUAUGCUGGAAUACCUAGAGUGGAAUAACUACUUUGGUACAGAUAUGCUGGUCAGUUUACCUUAAGGAGGGGACUGGUGGGAAAGUGACCAUGUCCAUUACUUUUUACGGACCUCCUCCCUUUAGCAUCUCUGUCAAUCUUUGCAACUGAUGAGGGCAGGUUUUAGCAGAUAUGUGUGUGGGGUUUGGGUUUUUUUUUAAAAAGAAAACGGAAAAGUGUUAACAGGCUGGAGCAGAAAAGGCCUCUUUAAACAUUUUUAAAAGUCUUUAAAAAGCUUUCAACUAAUGCUGUUCAGACUCGGUUUGAUGGUUAAAUCUGAGUGAGAUAAAAAGCAGCCACAUCUGAGACUUUUGUGGAUGUUUUCGUGACACCAGCGUAAGCCAUGCCUGCUCAGUGUGGCACUCCGCCCCCUUCAAGUGGUGGCUAGGCCAGCUACAGAUUGAUGAGUAGAUCCCUGAGUAGCUCCGCAUCCAAGCCAGGAGCCCGCAGACAUAGUCUUGUGGCUAUAAAGCGGCGAUCCGCAGAUUUGCAGGGCUCUAGGGAUGAGCUUGCUACAACCGCCGCUAAGAGAGGGGUGGCUUUUAGCUCAGGCAGUAGAGGCUCCCACAUCAAGGUCAAGGGAUCCCACGUUCGAUCGUAGCCGCUGACAGCGUUACCCGAGGCCAGGGGCAGUCAAUAGGCAGACCCCAGGCCAACUCCGGACCAGCAGACACUUUUGAAUGGACCUCGAGAUCUUUUUAUUUACUUAUGAUGAUCAUUAUUGUUGGUUUAUUUUUAUUAUUUUCUCUGGAGUCUGGAUCUUGACUAUACCUGGACCAAGAAAUUUGGACCUUGGCAAAAAAUAACGGACUGCCCCUGGGUGGGAGGUGAGCUUCUGGAGCAGAAGGGAGGGAAAAUGGAAUUCAGUUUUCUAGAAGAGGGGUGCGUCUGAUGCCCAGUAGAUUUGCUAUAGCUGAACCUUGAUAUUUAGCUCAUUAAUCUCCGGUGUGGGAUGCUUUUCUGUUUUGAUUUCCGGCCCUUUAAAUUGGAGACUCCACCUCCUUGCACUGGAUGGGCACAGUGCAGCCUGCUGGCAAUGCUGCCUACUGCAGGCCACGCCUAUUAAAGGAGCAGGGGUCGAGGAGCUUUUUGCAGAGUAGGGGGCUUCUCUGAUGAGCACCAUGCUUCCCGACUGGCUUUCCGGGACACCUUCUCCACCUGUCACGAUCGCGCAUGACUUCAACAUGUGGCGGGACUACCUGAACCUGUCAAAGGUUCUUGGCGAAAUCAUUGAGGAGCACAGAAGGGGGUCCAGGAGCCUCCUAACCUGUGAGACUGCAGAUCUCUGCCUGCCAGGGACCCCCCUUCAAAUGCCUCCGGGGGAUGCCUCGAGCCUGAAGUCAUCGGGAUGGAACAGGAGCAAUGGCAGCAGCUGUCCGCAAAGUGGGCAGAACAGGGCGGCCACCCCUCAGACGCCCGGCAGACUCCUAUGCAACUUCUGCAGACACAACGGGGAGUCCAAGAGGGUCUACUCCUCCCACUUGCUGAAGCAAGCCGAUGGCAUCGUGCUGUGUCCCAUCCUGCGCAACUACGUGUGCCCGGUGUGUGGUGCCACGGGCGAUGGGGCCCACACGCUGAAAUACUGCCCGCACAAUCAAGAGAAGCAGUCCCUCUACUGCAAAGGUGGACGCAACUCGGCUGGCUUCAUAGUGAGACGGUGAACGGCAGGGGAAGAAACCACCUCCACCCUGGGACCUUUCACCGGGGAGCCACCAGAAGGGGCUUGGAACUGAAGUCUAUUUUCUACCCUUUGUUUCCGAGUUUGCGUUUCAAGUCCAGGGUGGAUUUGACUCAGCCACGCAGAAAGUCGCCCUGGUUUCUUUAAAUCCCCACAGCAGCCUGGUUUUCGUUUCCCUGACUUCGGGCGGAAGAGAACCAGUGCCAACGAACCGGAAGUUUCGUAGUUUUGCCCUUGGCCUGCUAACUCAUGCGGAGAUUUAAUUUUCAGCAUUUGCAGACGAGGCAGCAUCCGUCGGGGUAGAUGGGUGCAAGGCUUUUGUCUUUGGUAGAUUUGUUUUGUUUGAAACUUCUUUUCCCCACCAAGUGUUAUUCGUUUUGUUUUACGCAUCACAGGAAUCACGAGGACUUUUAAAUGUGAAGUUUACUUUAAAAUCAUGUCAGAAAAAGAACUGAAUUCUAAUAUACGCAGCUACGUCAUGUUUUAACUGAUUUUGUUAUUACAACAUGUUGCGGGGGGGAGGGAUUGUUCUCUCGGUGUUAUGAGAUUUGAGGGUU